AUGGUUCAAUCAGCCAUUCUCGGUUUCCCCCGCAUGGGUGUGAACCGUGACCUGAAGAAGGCCACCGAAGCUUACUGGGGCGGAAAGAUCUCCCAGGCCGAUCUCCUCGCCGAGGCCAAGCGACUCCGUCUUGCUCACUGGAAGAUCCAGCAGGAUGCCGGUGUUGAUGUCAUCCCCAGCAAUGACUUCGCCCUGUACGACCACGUCCUGAACCACAUCCAGGACUUUGGUGCCGUCCCUCCCCGCUACACCAAGGAUGGUCUUGACCUCGUCGACCAGUACUUCGCCAUGGGCCGUGGCCACCAGAAGAACGGCAUUGACGUUCCUAGCUUGGAGAUGGUCAAGUGGUUUGACUCCAACUACCACUACGUCAAGCCCACUCUCCAGAACGGCCAGACCUUCAAGCUCGCUGACGAGCCCAAGGCUGUUGCCGCUUUCAACGAGGCCAAGGAGGCUGGCAUCAAGACCCGCCCCGUCCUCGUCGGUCCCGUCUCUUUCCUCCACCUCGGAAAGGCCGACCGUGACCAGACCGUCGACCCCAUUGACCUUCUCGAUGCUCUUCUGCCCGUCUAUGAGCAGCUUCUUGUCAAGCUCAAAGAGGCUGGUGCCGAGACCGUCCAGAUUGACGAGCCCACUCUGGUCUUUGACCUCCCUGCCAAGUCCAAGGCAGCCUUCAAGCCUGCUUACGAGAAGCUCGCCAGCCUCGGCGACAAGAUCCCCAAGCUCGUCUUCACCACCUACUUCGGUGACAUCGUCCACAACUUGGAUGUUCUCCCCAAGGACGUCUACGCCGUCCACGUCGACCUUGUCCGUAACCCCGAGCAGCUCGAUGAGGUGAUUGGCGCUCUGGGCCCCAAGACUAUCCUCUCUGCCGGUGUUGUCGACGGCCGUAACAUCUGGAAGACCAACUUCAAGCGUGCUAUUGAGACCGUCGAGACUGCUGUUCAGAAGCUCGGCAAGGACCGUGUCAUCGCCGCCACCUCCAGCUCUCUCCUCCACACUCCCCACACUCUCGCUAGCGAGAAGAAGCUCGACGCUGAGAUUGCCGACUGGUUCUCUUUCGCCUCCGAGAAGGCUGUUGAGAUCGCCAUUAUUGCCAAGGCCGUCACUGAGGGCCCUGCUGCCGUCCGUGAGCAGCUCGAGGCCAACGCCAAGUCUCUCCAGGCUCGUGCCUCUUCCAGCCGCACCAACGACCCCAAGGUCAAGGACCGCCAGUCCAAGGUCACCGACGCUGACUACAAGCGCAAGUCUGAGUUCCCAACCAGAAUUUCUCUUCAGCAGAAGAAGCUCAACCUUCCCCUCUUCCCUACCACCACUAUUGGUUCCUUCCCUCAGACCAAGGAGAUCCGUCUCCAGCGUAACCGCUUCACCAAGGGCGAAAUCACCGAGGCUGAGUACGACAAGUUCAUCGAGAAGGAGAUUGAGGAGAACGUCAAGAUCCAGGAAGAGCUUGACCUUGAUGUCUUUGUCCACGGUGAGCCCGAGCGUAACGACAUGGUUCAGUUCUUCGGUGAGCGCCUGAACGGCUAUACCUUCACCACCCACGCCUGGGUCCAGUCUUACGGAUCUCGCUGCGUCCGUCCUCCUAUCAUCGUCGGUGACAUCUCCCGACCUGCUCCUAUGACUGUCAAGGAAAGCAAAUAUGCCGUCUCCAUUUCUAAGAAGCCCAUGAAGGGUAUGCUUACUGGCCCCGUCACCUGCCUCCGAUGGUCUUUCCCUCGUGACGACGUUCACCAGUCCGUCCAGGCUGAGCAGCUUGCUCUUGCUCUCCGCGACGAGGUUGUUGACCUCCAGAACGCCGGUGUCGGUGUCAUCCAGGUCGAUGAGCCUGCUCUCCGUGAGGGUCUCCCUCUCCGCGCCGGCAAGGAGCGCACUGCCUACCUCGACUGGGCCGUCAAGGCUUUCAGACUCAGCACUGCUGGUGUCGAGGACGACACUCAGAUCCACUCUCACUUCUGCUACUCUGAGUUCCAGGACUUCUUCCAUGCUAUUGCUGCUCUUGACGCUGAUGUUCUCUCUAUCGAGAACAGCAAGUCUGACGCCAAGCUCCUCAAGGUCUUCGUCGACGAGGCUUACCCUCGCCACAUUGGCCCUGGUGUCUACGACAUCCACUCCCCUCGUGUUCCCAGCGAGCAGGAGAUCAAGGACCGCAUCCAGGAAAUGCUUGCUCACCUCAAGCCUGAGCAGCUCUGGAUCGACCCUGACUGCGGUCUCAAGACCCGCCAGUGGAAGGAGACCAAGGAGGCCCUCGUCAACCUUGUCAACGCCGCCAAGGCUUUCCGUGCCCAGUACUCCAAAUAA